GUAGUGGGCGUUCCGGUGAGCUGAGAAUGUGAGGGAGGAGGGCGUGUCCCUGCCCCCUGAUACGCUUUGAUUGGAUUCUGGCCCACAGCAUUCGUCUAACCCCGGCCGGGUUUCCCCCGGCUCUGGCUCCGGUGGGGCCAGAGCUCAUCCCGGCUGUGGCCCCACGGGAUGAGCCUCACUUUUCCUCAUCUGGUGAAUGGGCACUGGCCUUGCUCGGGCCCCCAGGAGCAUCAGAGCUGGCCCUGAGCCAGGCCCUCCCUCCCCCUGGGGGCCCCGGGACCAGUGACCCAGACGCCAGCAGUCCCUGCCCUGGGAGGUUCCAAUUUCAUCAGGCAGCCCAGACAGGGGAAGAAGCAGAGGAGAGAGGGUGAUCAGAAAUGGGAUGGGGGAUCCCGCAGGCAGAGGGGAAGCCCAGAGGAAGCGGCAGAACAAGGCUGGGCAGUACCCCACCAGCACGGGCAGCCUCGCGUACUGAGAAAACCUUGAGGAGGAGAAGAACUCGGAGUUCACCUGGGAGGUGCAAGCCAACAACCGGUCCUACAACAACCAGUUCAAGGAGAAGGUCUUCCUGUGCUGGCAGAGGAAGAAGUACAAGGUGGUCCUGAGGACUGCCAAGUACAAUGUCUUCUCCUUCCUGCCCUUGAACCUGUACCAGCAGUUCCACCGCAUGUCCAGCCUCUACUUCCUUCUCAUCAUCAUCCUCCAGGUGGGGCGGGUGGGGCAGCCCCAGGGGUCAGUGCCUGUGCCCACUCCACUCCUCCUACCUGCUCAAGCCACCUCCUCCAGGAAGCCCUCCCUUCCCACCUUCCCACGUGGCUCUGUAGACCCAGGGUGGUCCUACCCCGUGUUUGUCUGUGUGGCUGGUGAGUCAGUGUCCAGCCCCCCUCACACUGGGAGCACCCUCAUGGCUGGGUCCCCACUGCCCAGCCCAGGGCCUGGCACACAGGAGGCGCUCAAUAUAUGUUGGAUGCUGAGGGUGCAUGGGUGGCCCCUCCAGACAAGACUGUGGGUGGUGGGUAGGUUGGGUGACCCCAGGCAGAGGGAGAGGUGCCCGGGUGAGGGGGCAGGGGUUGGCGGGGGUGCCAGCGCCGCCUGCCCGCCCGGGGCCCAGUCCUUGGCCGAGCAGACCCUGUGGACACUGUGCAUGGCCUGCAAGGAGGUGGACGAAGACAUGUACGAAGAGUGGCGCCAGCGGCACCAGGAAGCCAGCAUCCUGCUGCAGAACCGUGCCCAUGCCCUGCACCGGCUGCUGGGAGCCACAGACGUCGAGGACAGGCUCCAGGACGGUGUCCUCGACAGCAUCCAGUGUCUUAAGCAGGGGGGCAUCAGAGUGUGGGUUCCCGCAGGGGACAAGCAAGAGACAGCGGUGAACAUCGGCUUUGCCUGCCAGCUGCUCUCGGAAAACAUGAUCAUUCUGGAGGAGAAGGAGAUUGUGCAGAUCCUGGAGGUCUACUGGGAGAGCAGCAAUAGCCUGCAGGGUGGCAAGAAGGGCCACCUGAACAAACAGCUCCCCCUGCAGGUCAAAAUGGCCUUGGUCAUUAACGGGGAGUUCCUGGACCAGCUGCUGCUGUCCCUGCGCACGGAGGCCCGGGCCCUGGUCCAGAACGUGAGCUUGGAAGAGGAGGAGCCCUGGCAGGAGCCCAGAGAGGAGAGGGCGGACUUCCUGCAGGCCAGACGCCUGUCCCUGGUGUCUGCGGACAUCGGCAUGGGGCUGGCGGGUCAGGAGGGCAUGCAGGCGGUGCAGAACAGCGACUAUGUGCUGGCCCAGUUCUGCUUCCUGCGGCGGCUGCUGCUGGUGCAUGGCCGUUGGUCCUACACGCGCGUCUGCAAGUUCCUGCGCUACUUUAUCUACAAGACACUGGCCAGCAUGAUGGUCCAGAUCUGGUUCACUUUCUACAGCGGCUUCACGGCCCAGAAGGAGGAGGAGAGCAUCACCGUGGAGCCCAUACCCCAUGUCCUCCGGGAGGCACGGACCCGGCACUCCAGCUAUGCCUUCUCCCACCGGGAGGGCUAUGCGGACCUCAUCACACAGGGCACAAUUCUGUGGAGGUCACCAGGGGUCAACAGCGACACGCUGGUUGGUCACACGAGGCCACCUGAUGAGCUGCCCUCAAGCAUGGAGGAGUCCUCCUGGUACCCCGGGAGGAUGUCGUUCCUGGAGCACCAGGGGAAGGUGUCCUCCGAGGAUGUUCAGCCUGCCUCCGAGGUGAGCUCAUCCUUGCCUGUGGAUGGGCAGUCCUCUCCUUAUCAGGAGAGCCAGCACUCUCUCACCAAAAACCGGCUGUCCGGGUCUCUCCAGGAGAAGUUGCCGAAGAGGCAGGAGGGGUCACUGUCAUAGGAACCGUGGCCAUAUACUCCCCAGAGUCUGCCACCAACCAAGGAGACACCACUAUCAGUGGAGGAGAGCCAGAUGACUUCUUCUGAGAGCCAGAUGCUGCCUUCAAGCCAGCUGUCUUUGAAGAGCCGGUCAGCACACUUGCAGAAGACAUUCCUCUGGAAGAUCCGGAAACUGUCCUGGAAGAACUGGCCGUACACCUGGCAAAAGGAGCCGGGCCCUCCCAAGGAGGGGAUGGGGCCAGUUUCCAACUCGAACCUCACUGCUGUGAUGGAAACUCCACCACCAACUGCAAGAGGAUCAUCCACCAGCGAGCAGCCGAUGGCGGUGGAACCCUCCCCUGUGGAGAAGCAGCCGUCGCCCAUGGAGUGGCUGCCAGGGCCCAGCGAGGGUCAAACUCCACCUGAUCCGGCAGGGCUGCCGCCCUCACCUGAGGAACAGCAGUGACUGCCCAGGCUUAGUAAGUGUCACCCAGCAUCGUGAGGCCUUCCCCCAAAGACAGGGGCUCCACCUGCUCCUCUUUCUCUAAUAAACCACGGUCUGUCUGACCCCAGGUCUCCUUGAGGCUCUCUCUUCCUAUACUUCUUUCUGUGAUGUCCCAUGAAAUAGUUCUUUUCUGGUUUUAAAAAUCAAAACACUGACCUCUAGUGGCCUGAUGGGGGAUUUGCAGGGAAAGCUGGGUUUCUUUGGGUUUCUUUACCCUGGGGUAAUGUGGAUAAAAGCUUUAUUGCUCUCAGAAGGGAGAAGGGUGCUGAGCAGACUCUGCUUACCAGCCCUGGCUUCCUGCCUGCAGCCUGCUGGCUUAUCUCAGGGCAGUUUAUAAGGUCCAGUCCUGACACCGCCCAGCCUUUUCCUCCACUGGGCUGCCCUGGUUUCUUCUCAAACAAACCACCUUACACUUUAGGCUCCAGAAGGCAGUGGUCAGUGACACCUCAGAAGCAGAGCCCAGCAAGAUCCGAGGCUCAGGUGGCCCAAAGGCCCUGUGGAGUGUGGAGCCCUGUGGGGGCAGGGGCUCAGGGAGGGCUGAGUUCAGAGCAGAGAGGGGUGGGCUGGGAGAGGCCCGCUUCCACUUUCCCUCGUCCCCUUCCUCCUUCAUGGAGGGUGAGCCCCAUGCCUCCCACUCCUGCACCAGCCCCUCCCCCCCCACCAUUCAGCAAAGGCACAAGCCCAGGUGAGUGACUAGAAAAUAAUUUAUUGGAGGGAAACAAAACAACAAAUCCAGCACAGCAAUGGUUCACAGCGAUGAUGAUAUAUUUUUUUAAACUUUUAAGCCUGUCGCCUGAGGGUAGGGUGGAGGGGGCCUCUGUUCCCUCUAGCCCUGGGGGUUCGGGGGAGGACUUUGGACGACCCAAAUCGUGUGUCCCCUGAAAGCAGCCCUAGCGUCCAGUUGUGAUUACACACUCAGGGCCACAUGGCCUCCUGGCCGCCCUCACCCCUGGUGGAGACAAUCCUCCCAAAGACCAGCCCUUGGGGGGCCUGCCAGGGAUACAGGAGACCAGGGAGCUGAUGGGCUGGUGUGGCUGAAACUGCUUUGGGCCAAGAAUGUGAGUGUCCCCAGUUCCAGCCGGUGCAGGGGCCCCGGAACAUGCCCCACCCCACCCCCCGCCCUCAUUGCAGGUGGGUUGAACCUGCGCCCCCAGGCCCAGCCCUCCAAACUUGGGCCUUCUGUCCUUCAGGGUGUGAGAGACCCCCUUUGGCCACCCAAACCCACCUUACCUGGGGCCUGUCCUGGAAAGUGGGUUCUCCCCUGGUGGGAGCGUGGGCCCCGUGGCAGAAGAGUCACAGUCCGGGAGACUGUCCCAGAGCCCCCUUUCAUGAUUUUUUGGGGGCCCCUUUGUUCUCUGGGUACCAGUGGGGGCUGGGAGGGAGGGCUCCGCAGGUGUGCACCCCCUACCUCCCAGGCCAGACAGAAAGGUGAAGGCCAGGCCUGAGGGAGCUGGGGCGUGUGGGUGGAGCCCGGGCAGGUGCCUGCCUUGGGGGGGUUGUCUCAGGAGGGCCCUUCAGAUCUGAGGAAGUAGGGGUACACCCCACCCCCCACCAACCUAGGCGACAAGACUCGAAUUGGUUGAUUGUCUCCUCUGAACAAGACACUUGGGAAUUCAUGCUAACGUGAGACCAACCGACCGAGCGGGGGGCCCGAGGUGGCAGUGACGCCCACUGGUGCCCCAGGACCAGGAGCCGGAGGGACUCUGGUGCCAGGAGCUGGAGGCCCCGCCACCAGCCGCCUUCCUUCUGCACCUGAGGCCCGUCCACCCACCGCCGGCUAGACACAGAUCCUUGGAAAGGGGGGAGAGUAACACAGAGCAGCGCCGAGGAGCACCGAACAGCACCGACUGGGGCAUGAAACACAAGAUGCGACACGGAAUCCCGGGGCUCCGGCCCCGCGGCCCCGCCCCACCCCCACCCUUCCACCUAGUACAUUAUCUUCAAGAAAAAGUACAUUAGUCAUGCAUCAAAUCAAAUUCCAUUGCGUCUUUUUUUUUCAUUUUUCUUCCUUUUUCUUAAAUUACAUUUGAACACAGAACACAUAGAAUAAUAAAUACUCUUGUAAGACAUGACUUCAAAAAACAAGAAACAGAACACGCCAGAGAACAGAAAGGUAUCCAACGCUCUCUCUCUCCUCUCUUUCCUAAAGGACGCAUUGAAAUAAGAAAUCUGUAAACGCCGCAGGUCCUUCCUCGUGCGCUCCCAGACUCUCUCUCUCGCUCAUGCUCCCCCGGCCCUUUGCCUCUGACCACCCAGCUUCCCCUGCCCUGACAUUCAACGCGUCUCCCACGGAGCUCACCAAAAGAAAUGACAUACCAUCGUCUGCAAAAUUAUAAUUUAACGGUAUAAAGCUUCAA